ACUCUGGUCUCUGGAAGCGAAGGCACUCGCUUCUCGCACUCGCACCAAGCGCACUCGCUUCUCUUGAGUAGCUUCUCCCCAAGCUCCUCCACCAACCCCAGAUUGGGCAAUGCGAGAAAUGUCUUGAACUGCAGCCCUUUUGGAGGUGUGCACAUUGUGCCACGUGCCAUCGUUCGCACAGCAGCGCCCCUUUAG